AUGGUCAGCUUAUGUAGAAUCCGGAACUUCUUGUCCAAUCUGUCGAAGCGAUCUCGGUCUUUUCAUAAUUUCGGAUUGAUCACGUUUGACAUCUGCAAGCUAACCAUAAUUGCAAACGCAUUUGAUUUGAUAUUGAAAUGCACGAUCGUGUUCCAAGGUUCGAAGAAUCUGCAACGGCACAUCGUCAGUCCGGCCAAGAAGAACGUCACGUGUCUGUCAUUUUCUAAUGAUGGCCGUUACCUAGCGGUUGGCGAGUGCGGUCACGAGCCGGUGAUACGCGUUUGGGACGUCGAGGAACACGCGUUACUAGCAGAACUUAUGGGUCAUAAAUUCGCCAUUUGCUGUGUGGCGUUUUCGCCAAACAUGAAAUACUUGGUGAGUAUUGGCAGUCAGCAUGACAUGGUUGCGAACGUGUGGGACUGGAGGAACAACGUGAAAGUGUCAUCGAAUAAGGUCUCUUGCAAGGUAACUGCCCUGAGCUUUUCCGAAAAUGGCGACUAUUUCGUCACUGUUGGGUUCCAGGAUACGGUUCCGCUUCAGGGUCGAUCCGCGAUAUUGGCUGACCAAAGAAACAACUUAUUCUGUGAUGUUUGUUGUGGUCGUGGACCGACCUCCUCAAGCACUUACUGUAUUACACAGUCAGGAUUGCUGUGCGAGUUCAACAAUCGUCGUCUUUUAGACAAAUGGGUUGAACUAAAGACGCGUUUCGCUGGUUCGCUGUGUCUUGGUGAUGACGUCAUUUACGUUGGCUGUGCCGACGGCGUGAUUCGCGUGUUCAAGGCGGCUGACUUUCAGUACAUCACCAACCUGCCGCGGCCUCAUUACUUGGGCGUCGAUGUAGCAGGGGGUCUCAGUGCAAAGCACAUGCUUUCGGCACCGGACUUCGUCCGGUAUCCCGACGUCAUUGCGAUGUGUUAUGACGCGUCACAGAAGAAGGUAGCACAUUGGCUUAAAUAUUUUUUUCUUACCCACUUUACCUUUUUGUUGCCAAGUGGUCAUAGUAACACAUAAUA